AUGAAGGUUCGCGAGAUCUGUGAGGGCUGGGGAGUUUACAGAGAUGCAGCAGAAUGGGAGAACUAUCGCUCAAUGUUCUUCGACGACGCCUACAUCGCAACAAGUUGGAAGCAAGGCAAUAUCGACGAAUUCAUCGAAGCCUCCAAAGCUGGUUUCGAGAAAGGCUCCAAGUUCAUGUAUAUUCUCCAUCGCAUCAUCGGCUCCCAAGUCGACAUGAAUCCCAACCUCACUCGUGCUGUGUGCAAGAUGAAGAUCACCAUCACCUGCCGCUUCACGUUUGACGAAAUCGAGAUGGACAAUGACGCCGACUGUCGCUUUUUCUUCUUUCUCGAAAAGAGAGGAAACAGAUGGGGUGUCGUGUUUUAUACGCUUCUCUUCGACAAGGACAAGUUCACUCCAGUGAAUCCCGAGAAGAUUUACAGUAUCCCUGAGGACGAGGUUAAACAGUAUCCAAGUGGUUACAAGUAUCUGGCUUGGGCAGAGAACAAGAUCAGUCAGCCGCCAAAGAUGAAUCUCAAUGCUCAUGGACCUGAGAGGGAUAUUUUGUAUGGCAGGAUGAAGACUUGGUUGGAGGGUGGUCAAAUUAGACCUGAUUUGACUGGUGAGGAUGAUCCUAACUGGAAGCCUUGA